AUGCUGAAAAAGUUCGCCGUCAAGUUUGCAUCCUUUACGGGUCUGAAAGGUGACACGGGACCGGCCGGUCUGGGAGGGCCGCCCGGCUCUGUGGGUCCUCGUGGUGGUCGAGGCCUGCGCGGUCCGCUGGGUCCGGACGGUCCCAAGGGGGACCCCGGUCGUCCGGGCGCCAUGGGCAGCCGUGGCGACAAGGGCGAGAGAGGCUUGACGGGGGCUCAGGGUCCGGCGGGCAAGCGCGGCACUUUGGGUCAGCUGGGACCGCCGGGACAAGAGGGCGAGAAAGGGUCGAAGGGCGCAAGGGGCCAGCCCGGCGGCAUCGGGGCCCGAGGGGAGAAGGGCGUCCGCGGUCUGGUGGGAAAGCAGGGCUCCAGAGGCCCGAUGGGCAAUGACGGGGAGAAGGGCGAUCAAGGACCGCUUGGUCCGAUGGGACCAAAGGGCGAUCGUGGCGAGUCGGGUGAACUGGGGCCGAGCGGUCCAGUUGGCCAGCCCGGAGCAACCGGAUCCCCCGGGAUCACUGGAUCGCCGGGUCUGAUCGGUGAGCCGGGCCAGCCAGGCCCCAAGGGAGUCGAAGGGAAGCAGGGUCUUCCCGGGCCCAGGGGUCCCACGGGUCAACAGGGCAUCCCCGGUACAGCGGGUGCCCGCGGAGAGGUCGGUACCAAAGGAUCGAUGGGAGAACAGGGCGGUCACGGGCCGCCGGGACCGCAGGGCGCCGAGGGUGGGCCCGGCAAGACCGGAAACUCGGGCGAGCAGGGCCAGAGCGGCUUCAAGGGGGAGAAAGGGGAACCGGGCGCCUCGGGGCCGCGGGGGGAACAGGGCGAAGAGGGCAGCGUGGGGCCCGUGGGUCCGCAGGGCAUCAAAGGCGACCUCGGACGACCGGGAAGUCAGGGCGUGCCGGGCUCCAUGGGCCCGGCCGGCAUCGCAGGCCUUCCCGGACACCCGGUAAGCCGGAGCUGGGCUGCAGCACAUCGCCAAAUGCUCACUGGUUGUCUGUAUGUCUGUUGGUUGCUUUGUUUGUCUGUCUGUUUGUCCGUCUACAUGCUUGCUGUUUGUUUGUUUGCUUGUUUGUUUAUUUGA